AUGCUUCCGAGGCCGAGCCAGAGAAGCAUCUUCCACCUCGGGGAGGAGGGUGUCGACGACCCCCGCGGCGCCGACGAGCAUGUCAAGAACACCGAUACUACACGUAUCCUCGCAGGGCGCCGAGACCACGGCCGUCAUGGGCGAAAGCAAGACUCCGCCGUCGAUGCGGUCGGGGUUGGGCUGCAGAUCCUGGUCCAGAACCGCCACCACACGCGGGCUUCGCCGCACUCGCAUAUCAUCCUGAAGCAGGUGGUGGUCCUGCCGACGACGGUGGCACGCCGCCACCGCCGUGGACCUGGCAGCAGCUUCUUGAGCACCUGCUCCCGCUGCAGGAAGGAGCUCAUCAGCACCAAGAACGUGUACAUGUACAGAGGCGACCAGGGGUUCUGCAGCGAGGAGUGCCGGAGUCAGCAGAUCUUGACAGACGAGGCGACGGAGCGUGAAGCCAUGAUCAAGAAGGAGCGCAUGCGGCGAGGGUUGCCUCACCAUCUCCACCACGGGCCACGGUCGGCAAUGGGGGCGAUCGGUGGUGCGUCGAGGAGACUUGUUGCAAUAGCCUACUAG